UAUAAGUGUUUUCGGUCGCGUCGCGAGUGAGUUCAUUCUACUCAAAAAGUAAUCAUGACACCUUAUCGAAUUUUAUUGCGAAGCACCAACCAGCAAUACCACCCAACGUAAAACUAACUUUGUAUUGUUUAUUUAUUUGUUUUUUUUUUUUUUUUGUCAAAUUAAUUGCGACUAAAUUUGUUUCCACAAAAUUCGUGUUAUCGACUGUAUAUUGGUGGUGUUCAUCGACGAUUCUUCUAUCGCACCAAAGAAGUUUGGUGUGUCUCGAUUACUCAUCGUCGAAUGAAAUGAUGAUAAAGAAAUUGCAAAGUGUGAAUACGCGUGAAGAGUAUUUCCUUCGGUGCUUUGUAUCAAAAGGAAGUUCAAUAAGUGUUUCAUAAUAAAAUUGAUUUUUUUCGAUCGAAAGUGAAAAAACGGGAACAAGACUCUGUGAAAUAAUUAACGAAUACAUUCGGUUAAGUGGCACGUUUCGCAAUGGACAUUUCAAUUGAAUGUUUCAAACGAUGAAGUGGUUGAAGCAAGCCUCAUGAUUAAUAGGUGAAAAGUUGGUUUGCAGAGAGAAGCCAAAGCUGUGCGCGUGCAGUAACAACGUGGACACGUUAAACGGUAACGAAUCCGAAGUGAAAAUGAUCUGGUGAGAGUUUUGGGAAAACAACAUUUCCAUAACGCUAGAGUUAAAGAGAAAAAAAAAAUUUGCCAAGCGAAAAUGCAAUCACAGCAUUCGCAAGCACAGCAUCAAAGGGCGGCACUUGGACCACAGACAUCCACAUCGACGACCGCAUCGACGGGAACGGCAUCGGGGAAGCAAGUGGUCGAGCUAAAUGGAUAUGUAAUCAUUGUGGUCGAGAGUCGCGAUAAUAAAAUCAAAUUGUAUGGAAGUCCAGCCGAUAGAGACAACCUCGAAGUUGGCGAUGAAAUACUUGACGUUAAUGAGCGCAAAUUGGAAGAUUUGCCGCGCGCCGAAGUAAUACGCUACAUUCACGAGUGUAUCCAAUCAUGUGUGAUAAAGUUGCGUGUGAAAAGGCGCAGUGACUCAAAGCUUGCUGGUGAACUUGGUAAUGCUGUUCAAGAUGCAUUCGUCAUUGCUGUUGAACAACAAGCUCGUGAACGUUUGCAGCGUUUGUCAGCUCUCAAACGAAUCACGCCGGUUGACAUGUCACAGCUGUCAAUCAAGUUAAAUCAACAGAGUCAGUCGACCAAAGGUGCACAAGCGCAAGACUAUAGUUUUUUGAACGAAGCAUCACCAAUUUAUGUAACAUCGUUGACGGGAAAUCACGUAACUGGUACAACAACCUUAACGACAUCAAAUUUAUCAAGUAGCAAUUCACAACAGACGUCGACCACAUUUUCACCGCCGGUGAAUACAGUAUCGGGAUCUAUAGCGUCUGAUUCGAAUCAAUCGCGAACCAUUCAAUCAAUUGCACACGUGCAUCAGCCGCCCGCUUCCAUACACAACAAGCAACAGCAGCAAACACAAACGAAAGUGGUGAAUCAACAACCCCUAGCCGGCGGUUGGCUAAUCGGUGAAAGUGCCAAAGGAACAUUGAUCACAAACGAUCAGCAAGCAUUCCAAAAUAUUUUGAACAAUAACACAAGCACCAGCAGCAAUAAUAUUAGUGUGAGAAGUGCGGGUGGAACGGUCGUUUAUAGCGGUAAUUGCAUCAGUAGUACAAGUGAAACGGCAACAAAUACUGCCUUACAUGCAUCAUCAUUGUCAGGAGGUGGGACGGCAGCACUAGCAUCCGGUGAUAGUAUUAAGUAUGGAAAUACAUCGAAAACAGCAACUAGUAGCGAACUAUUAGCGAAUGGUCACGGUCCCCGAAGAGAGCAGCAGCUAUCAACACUAUCAGAAGGUGAUUUGGAGCCAACAGACGGCACGACUGCGUCUGACAUAAAUCGCAUAUCAUCUAAAGGAAAUUCUUCAUUACUAGUUCAAGCCGGCCGUAACGAAAUUUUGUUGGGCGAUCAAUUGUUGCGUCAGGAAAACAGGCCACGACGCCGAUCAGGCUCAAGUAUUGUGGUAUUAGGCGGAAGUGAUUCAAUUGAUGACUAUAUCAAAUCAGACAAUAUCGAACACUAUCGGAUUACCGACGGAACCUACAGAGAUUCACACGACUUAGAAAUGCUAACGAUGAUGCCAAUGAAUCAAGAAAAUGGUCCACAUCGUGAGAUGGCAGUUGAUGUCCCGGAUUCAUUUAUAGCACGGAAUAAGACACCACCGAGAUAUCCACCACCGCGACCACCGACACAGGUAAUUUAUACGCCAAAUGGUUCACAAAAACAGCCGUUGUUGUCCACAUCGUCGACAACAUCGUCGCUCAAAUCCGGCUCAUCGUCCAUUGGAAACGGCGGUGUAUCACUCGAUUUACAGCCACCGUCAUUCAAUUCCACACAUGUCAAUAACAAUCAUGCAAUCAUCAAUACGAAUCUCCAUCAAAAUAACAAUCAUCACAUGAAAAACUCAUCGUCGUUCGACAGUUGCAAUGAGUACAAUAAUAAGAAAUCGUCGAGCAAGUGUCCGUCAUCGUUGGGCUCGGUAUGUGAGUCGAUCGGUUUUGAUUCGAUGAGCUAUCGCACAAAAUCGCGCGGUUCGCUCAGCACACGCAGCUCAUCGUCCGGUGGUGAAUUGGGGCCGCCCGAAUACGAUUUGGGGCCACAUCGCGAGAUGGCAGUCGAUGUCCCAGACAAUUUUGUUGGCCAAACAAAAAUGCCGCCACGCUAUCCAAAAAAUACGUCGAAUCCGUUGCAAAAAUCGAAAGAAUCGCUCACAUCCACAAAUUCAACGUCGACCACAACUGAAAAAGACGCAAUCAUUACAUCCACAACAAAUUCACAGACAAUCAAUAACAUUACAACACCACAAACGCCAAACCGAAACAGCGAGCUUAAUGGAUCAAUUCGACCGGUACCACCGCCGCGUGAUCAUUUACGCAUGGAAAAGGAUGGUAGAAUGGUAAACCGAGCGCCCGCACCACAAGUCCCAGAUCGAAAUCCAGUUCUGCAAACGAAUCAAAUUGCUCAAAUUGUUGAUGCAACGCCCGAACAAUUGGAUAGCAUUAAAAAAUAUCAGGAGCAAUUACGGCGGCGACGCGAGGAAGAGGAGCGCAUCGCACAACAGAAUGAAUUUUUGCGUGCCAGCUUACGCGGUUCACGUAAGCUACAAGCACUUCAGGAUAAUCAUCCGUUGGCUAGCGAACAGCGACCACCCGCCGGUGUUGACAACGAUGCAUUCAUCGCCGAUGAAGAUGUUGAACGAAUUUUAGGCUACAAUGAACUGGUGGCAGCAUUGCAACAGCUUCAAGGCCAACUAAAUAAACAUGGUUUGGCUUCGUUGGCAGGACGUGUGACAAGUGUUCAAGGUUUAUUGUUAGGACCAGUCGUCGCACGAGCGCUUCACAUACGAAGCGCCGUUCUGCAACGCCGUCGGCCACGUACACAAAAUGCCAUUCGCGCGGAUGCCAAAGCAUUGGCGAAAGAAUGUGUCGAGCUGUUGGCUCAGUCUAGUUCACCAGAUGCCAUCGAAUUUUGCAAUUUACAAUCGACCUACGAAAUGGAAGGAUUGCUUGAAGCGCAUGAUUUAAUUGCCAACGAUACGGAUCGAAACACACCUGGCCCAUCCGUCUAUGUACCAACUGAUGGAUCCGACACCGUUUCCAAUCAAAAUAUCGCCAAUAACAACGUAUUGAAUCAACAGCUACAGCGAGACUUAACAUUAGGUGUUUUACACGACAAUCAAGACCAUAUUCGAAUCAUAAAAAUUGAGAAAUCAGCUGAACCACUUGGUGCUACCGUUCGAAAUGAAGGUGAAGCUGUUGUAAUAGGUCGUAUUGUACGGGGCGGAGUGGCCGAAAAAUCCGGAUUGCUUCAUGAAGGCGAUGAAAUACUGGAAGUGAAUGGCAUCGGAAUGCGAGGAAAGUCGGUUAACGAUGUCUAUGAUCUGUUAAGUGCCAUGACUGGAACAUUAGUUUUUCUGAUUGUUCCCGCAUGUCAGCCUCCGAUCGGUGGCUAUGGCCGUGAUCCACCGGUGCUUCAUGUUCGGGCACAUUUUGACUACGAUCCAGAGGACGAUUUGUAUAUACCGUGCCGCGAGUUGGGCAUUAGUUUUCAGAAAGGUGACGUUUUACAUGUUAUAUCGCGCGACGAUCCAAACUGGUGGCAGGCGUAUCGAGAAGGCGAAGAAGAUCAAACACUGGCCGGCUUAAUACCGAGCCAAUCGUUCCAACACCAACGUGAAUCCAUGAAGUUGGCUAUCGCUGGUGAAGCUGGCCUACUACGUAACCGGGGAAAAGACGGAGCGAAGGGAUCGACAUUGCUUUGCGCACGCAAAGGACGCAAGAAGAAGAAGAAGACUAGCAGCGAAGCUGGCUACCCAUUGUAUGCCACAACCACACCAGAUGAACCUGAUCCAGAAGAAAUACUCACAUAUGAAGAAGUAGCUUUAUACUAUCCGCGUGCAUCACAUAAGCGACCGAUUGUUUUAAUCGGCCCGCCAAAUAUUGGACGUCACGAACUAAGACAAAGACUGAUGGCCGAUUCAGAUCGAUUUGCAGCAGCUGUGCCACAUACAUCUCGAAUGCGUCGCGAUGGAGAAGUACUUGGCAAGGAUUAUCAUUUUAUAUCGCGUCAACAAUUCGAAGCCGAUAUUCUAGCUCGUAAGUUUGUAGAACAUGGAGAAUAUGAAAAAGCCUAUUACGGCACGUCCCUUGAAGCAAUACGUACUGUUGUGUCUAGUGGUAAGAUUUGUGUAUUGAAUUUACAUCCGCAAAGUUUGAAAUUGCUUCGAGCAAGCGAUUUGAAGCCAUACGUCGUACUAGUGGCACCGCCUAGUCUGGAAAAGUUGCGACAAAAGAAAGAACGCAAUCAUGAGCCAUAUAAGGAUGAAGAUUUGAAGGAGAUCAUUGCAACAGCACGUGAUAUGGAAGCUCGAUGGGGCCAUUUGUUCGAUAUGAUUAUAAUAAACAAUGACACUGAACGUGCAUAUCACCAGCUGUUAGCCGAAAUCAAUUCGUUGGAGCGCGAACCACAGUGGGUGCCAGCUGGGUGGGUGCAUAGCAAUUAAAUUCGGUCGCAAUAAAGGAAACGCAAUGCAUGAUCGAAGCAGAAUCCUUCAAGUUCACAAACAUUGUACAGCAUGACUAUAACAACAACAACAAAAUAACACAGAACUAAAAGCCAAUAUAUUUAUUUGAAUACGAAGAAUGAAUUGAGAUGGAUUUUAAAAUCGAAACAUUGGCACAACACACAAGGCCAUAACUCAUUAGAGCAAUAAUAUACGUAUUAGAGAGCGUUAACGUGAUCGUUUAUUUUUACGAAUGAUUGUCGUCGAAUUUGCAGCGCUCAUCAAUCUCUUUUGUCUUUUGUGCUAUUCAACACUUUAUAUAUGUACUUAUAAAGAGAAGAAAAACAAGAAAUUAUAUUUCGUUCGUUUGUUUAUAGGCAAUUAAAACAAGAAAAUAACUGAAUUAUUGUAAACACUCAAUUGAAUUGAAUGGUUCAAUUUAAAUUAUGAUUAUAUUUAAUAAGAAUCAAGAAGAAAAAACUAUGAUUUGUUCUGUUUUUUUUUUCUUCAAGUAACAAGAACUUAAAAUUUAGUCCGAACUGUGCAAAUAUAAGUGAGAAUCAAAAAAGAAAAGAAAAAUUAGAAUGAAAUUUAACAGAAGAAAAAAAAAACUAAUGUCAAAGAGAUAUGCAUGUUGAAUCGACCGGUAUCGACAAAAGCUCAAUCGUUUCAACUUUCGUUGAUGGUCUUUAGAAAAGUAUAUAUAUAUUAUGUAAUAAGUUCGAUGAUAAAAUGAAAACUAAGUAGAGAAGUGAAAUUGCAUGUUCUCAAUUUCUUUUGGCAAUCGAAGGAACACAAUGGCCGAGAACAUGCAUAUUUUGCAUGAAAGACAUUAAUUGAAAUCCAUAAAAUUAGCGGACAAAUGAACAAUAUGUAUAUAAUAAAUUAGCCCGAAAUGCACUGUUAAUAACCUCGAAACACACACACACACACACUCUAAUCAAUUGAUUGUGACUAAAUAAUUGAACUACUUAAAUUUUAUUCGGUAUUAUUUCGAAAAAAGUGUUCUUUCUUUUUAUUCGUUUCAAAUACAAUUUUACCGUGUUCGAUUUCGAUUUUCUAGUUUUUAUCUGACCCAAAUUUCGUUUCGAUUUCAAUGUCGUAUCAAUCGAGUGGAAUCCUUCUCUCUGUUGUCAUUUUCACACUGGAGACUAACUCACUGUUUCUCUGUAUUCAAAAUCCCAGAACAAAGUAUCCGUCACAGAUGUAAUCGUUGUACUGUUUUCGGAAUGAAUUUUUUUUUGUAAAAAUAUACAUUUUUUUUAAUCGUGAUUAUUUUGAAUAUAAGAAUCUAAAGUUAUUGAAAUUGGAUGGUGUGGCGGAUCGCCACUAGCUACUACAGCAUGUCUAACGAAUAAACAGCAAAUUUGCUUUGAUUCUUUCGUGGCGUUCCGAUGACAACAGCAUGAAUUUUCACACACUAGGAGAACCAGUAGACAAUUAGCAGAAUCGAAAUCAAGAGAUCAGAUGAACAGAUUUGAAGAAAAAAUAAACUAAAAACAACUGAAAUUAAAUGUGUUUAGGAACAAAUUAGUUUUUAACAAAAAAAAAUAUUUGAUGGGCACAUUUUUUUUUCUUCUCUGAUGCGAUCAAAAGCAGCGUUGUGCUUACUUAUUCUUAUGUGCAGAAUAUCCCGCAACAGUUCAGACAUGUACUAGAAACCCUUCUGUUAACAAAUCAGCUAAUUAAAUUGUGUAAUUAUUAUGAACAAAUUUGAAGGCAGAAACUCUAUUGAAUAAUGUUAGAAAUAUAUAAAUAGUAGUUAAAAUGAGACAUAACAACCCAAACUAUUAGAACCACAAUGACAGAAGUUGUAACUGAAAAUACAAAGAGCUCAAUAUCGUUGAAUCCGAACGGAAAUAGAAUCCAUUUAUUGAAUGUUGUUUGUAUAAAUUGAUUGAUUUAUUCUUUAUGCCACCACAUCCAACCCCUUCCUACCCUUUUAUUCCUUUUUUUUCACAUAUAAAAUUGUAGCAUUUAAUACAACAAAACGAUUGAGUUCGUCUAUAAAACAAACAAAUCAAAUGCGAUUAUUUGUAAUUUCAACAUUUUUUUUUUCUUUAUAUUAUUCGAACGAAGAAAAAAUUGGUUUUCUCUAAGAAAAUUCAUUUCAAAUUGUCCUCUUAAUUUUCUGCGUAUUUUAGGUUUAGAUUGUUGUUCGAAUCAAUUUCAUGGAAACAAACAGACAAAAAGUUAAAUAUAUUAUGAUUAAAUGCAUACUUAUUAAUAAAAAGAAAUGAUAUUUCUCAAAUUGAA